UUUCUUCACUUCCACCACCUGUGUCUCAGACGCCACGACCCACCACCCACCACCACACAUUAACUCAUUUACUCAAAAUCUCGUAGGCAGCCAUUAAUCACUUCCAUUCGAUGAAGAAAAACGACAUCUUUUUCUCUGCUGCUUUCUCUUCUUUCUGAGUUAAACAAACUCAUCAAAGUCUUUUUUCUUUUUCUUUUUUUUAUUGGUUAGUUGUGAAUGGAGCUUUCUCUGACACGGAUUCCCAACCCUUCAACUUCAUCGCUUCCAGCUGCACUGGCACACUGUUCAUCUUCCAAGAUAUGUGAAUUUCAGCUUCCCAGGAAGAAGAGGGCAUCUUUCUUGGAAGCUCCGACUAGGCUCUCCGUUCGAUGCGUUAAGGCCUCGGCGGAGAGAACCGGUGACACCAUUGAUGACGGGGAGACUCGGGGCGGAGGGUUCACCAACCCGGCCAUGGAGGUCACCACAUUCAACCGCGGUUUCAACGACGCUGACUUCCCCGUUUGGGAAAAGAUUGGUGCUGUUGUGAGGCUAAGCUAUGGGAUCGGGAUCUACGGUGCCAUGGCUGUUGCUGGGAGUUUUAUAUGCUCGAUCACAGGAAUUGACUCUCUCGGAGGUUUCCAUCUAUCAUUAGAUGCAAUCUUGGAAGGGCUUGGAUAUGCGGCUCCUCCAAUUAUGGCUCUUCUGUUUAUACUUGAUGAUGAAGUUGUGAAACUAUCACCCCAUGCCCGAGCAAUCAGAGAUGUAGAGGAUGAAGAACUCUGGAGCUUUUUCUAUGGGAUGUCCCCUUGGCAGUUUAUACUGAUGGUUGCUGCAAGUUCAGUGGGAGAGGAACUCUUCUACAGGGCUGCAGUUCAGGGAGCGUUGGCUGACAUAUUUUUACGAGGCAGUAAUCUUAUCUCAGAUGUGCAAGGAAUGGCAUCCUUGACAGGGGUAUUGCCUCCGUUUGUACCUUUUGCGCAAGCAUUUGCAGCUGUACUCACAGCUGUUCUUACUGGUUCUCUCUAUUAUGUGGCUGCCUCGCCCAAAGAUCCCACUUAUGUUGUGGCACCUGUUUUGCAAUCUCGCUCAGGCCGUCAAGAUUUGAAAAAGCUGUUUGAAGCAUGGUAUGAGAAGCGCCAAAUGAAAAAGAUAUAUUCCCCUCUUCUUGAAGGACUUCUUGCCCUCUACUUGGGUUUUGAAUGGAUUCAAACAAAUAACAUUCUAGCUCCCAUUAUCACACAUGGCAUAUACUCAACGGUUAUAUUGGGACAUGGCCUUUGGAAAAUUCAUGACCACCGGCGUAGACUACGGCAAAGAAUCCAGCAGCUCAAAUCAGAAGAAAGAUAUUCCAAGUAGAUUUUGAAAUACCAUCCAUGGCUGACACAGCUUGGUGAAAAAUUGUAUAUGUAUUAGAGUUGUUAAUCUUGUAAAGGAAAGUUGUAUAAUUAUGUUAGUUGAGAUCUCUUACAUACAGAAUAAGCAAGUUCUGAUUACAAAAUUUUCCAGUUAUGAAUGUUUUCCAAUAAAAUGGGGGAAAAUGUUUGGUGAAACAAAUAGCACAUUUACUGUUCCA